ACACGGGUCAGUGCUGCCCCCUCCCCCGCACAGAGAGGGAUGGCUUGACCAUGUAGACCUCCUUCAGUCUCUCCAGCUUCACCCACUGACGCACAUAAGGGUCACCCAUACUCUCGAGUGCGUCAAGAGUCACAUGCUCACCGCCACGCGGCCUCUGUCUGUCUCUCUCCCUGUCUCUGUCUCUGUCUCGUGGCUUUCCAUCCUUUGGAUCCGACCCCCCCUCCCCCCCAUGUAGGUAUAUCCGCAUAAAGGCCGAGUAGUCGCUUCCGCAGUCGACGAAAGUGGGCAACACUUGACCCUCACAAGCCAUCGCUGUCGCAGCAGACACCGGCGGGCUCCCCGCCCUCUGCUGCAUGUUCUUCAGCACACGGGCCUUCUGCCUGCACACAAAGCGCACAGACACACUCACAUGAGUAAAUGCAUUCUCACCGUCUGAGUGGAGGGAUCACCACACUGACUUGAAAUGGUUUGCGAGUGCGGGAGAGGUCGAUGGGAAUGGGGCCUUCGGAGAGAGCUCGUCAUGGUGCUCGUUGACGUACCCCUGGGCGAAGGCCAUCUCCAACUCGCCGUUCUCGUCCACGGGUGCCGCCGCAAAGAGGCUCUUGAAGUCAUGCUUAUCGGUUCGUGACUGAGUGUGCCUGCUGUCCUCUCGUCCGUCUUGUAGGCUGAAUGUGAGAGAUGGCCUGGCAGCAGCGGCAACAGGGCUCCUUGGCCGCCUCUGAUGCGUCAUCUUUCG